GGCUGCUUCUUGCCCUCCCCCGCGAGUGGCUGCCGGGAUCCAAGAUGGAGUCGGUGAGCAGAGCGGGGCAGGAGAUCAGCCUGGCGGCCCUGAAGCAGCACGACCCCUACAUCACCAGCAUCGCCGACGUGACCGGCCAGGUAGCGCUCUACAGCUUCAGCCCGAAGGCCAACGAGUGGGAGAAAACCGACAUAGAAGGGACCUUAUUUGUGUACAAACGGUCAGCUUCUCCUUAUCAUGGUUUUACGAUAGUGAAUCGACUGAACAUGCACAACCUGGUUGAACCAGUAAAUAAAGAUUUGGAGUUUCAGCUCCAUGAACCUUUUCUUCUCUACAGAAAUGCUAGCUUGUCAAUUUACAGUAUCUGGUUUUAUGACAAGAAUGACUGUCAUCGAAUAGCAAAACUCAUGGCUAAAGUGGUAGAACAAGAAGCUCAGAGAUCGCAGCAAGUUUCCCAGGACAGAAAAAGUCCCAGCAGAACCAAUGGCUGCAAUGAAAACAGGCCCAUUGACAUCCUUGAAAUGCUUAGUAAAGCCAAGGAUGAAUAUGAACGAAAUCAGGUCAGUGACUUAAGUGUUAUAUCAAGUUCUGGAAUGCAACAAAAUGCAAAUCCUCCAAAGCCAGAAAGCACAGAGCCUUCAGAACAAAAAACUUCAUUACAAGUGCAGGAGCAGCCAUUUCAGUCAAUGCAGAAGCAUCUGACUUUGGAGGAACUGUUUGGAACCUCUAUACCAAAGGAACAGCCCACAGCUCCGUAUCCCAAUCCAGAGAGAAUGGAGAAGUUGCAGACUGACACCUCUGCCAAAGAGCAGCAUAGUUUGCUCUUGCCUUUUUCCUUUGACCAGUCAACAGUAAUACAACAAUCACUAGGGAAAUCUGAAAGUCCAAGCGUUAAAACCAGUGCCAAUCCUUUGAAUCACCAGGAAUGUUUAACACCUAUGCUAAUACCUCCAGCGUCAGUUUCCCAGACUGAUAUAAAAAAUGUUUCAAGCUAUUCAGUUCGUUUAAGCCCUGUUCUUAAUUCAGCCUUGACAAUGGAAGCUGCCCCUGCUCAGAUGCUUCCUGGCCUAAAACAAAACAACAGUAUAAUGCAAGUUAUGCAGCAAGCUGCCAAGCAGAUAUCCCCACUAGUGAAUCAGCCGCCAUCUGAAGUGAACCACGCUCCACAAAAUCUAAUAGCUGGCCAAAGCCAGCUUAUAGCACCCUUGACAUCAACAAACACAGGAACUGUCUCAAAUACAUCCCAUACAAGUGUUGAUCUUCUCCAGAAACUCAGGUUGACCCCACAGCAUGACCAAAUGCAGCAGCAGUCUCUCACUAAGACUUCCUUAACACCAAACAUCUCUGCCUCGGUUGGCCAACUUGCAACACCAGAAAGCUUCAAAGAAUCUCACAGUAAGCCAUCACCCUUGAACAGCAAGAUAAUCUCUCCCCUUCAGACUGUACAACAAAACAAGGAAUCAGAAGUAUUUCCACAGCCGAAGACUUUGUCUAAAGCAAGUCAAGUUGCACCUCCGCAGUUUGUUACAGCCACUACUACAGUAGCGCCUUCAAUCCUCUUGUCUCCUAGUGUUUUUCAGCAAUCAUCUACAAAAGCUACUGAAGUGGAGAAUAAAGCCAAUUCUUCUUCGCCUUUAACACUUGGAACAACAGAAAUUCAGACUAUACCUCCUACUGUUCUCAGUAGGUCUCAGCUUCAGGAAGCACUGAUACAUCUAAUAAAGAAUGAUUCCCGUUUUCUCAGCACUAUUCAUGAAGUCUACUUGCAAGUCCUAACCAAGAAUACAGACAACAUUAAGCUAUAAUUGAAGCUAAAUCUACUUAAAAUAUAUCCAUUUUAGAAACAAUUAUGCCUCGUCUAUAAAACUGAUAUUUUUGUAAAAGAAUAUUUAGUUUUCAACGUCUUGAAUUUGAACCUGUUAGGAAAGACUAUUCCUUAAAUACUUACAAAAGUAAUAUUCUCAGAAGUGAUCUAGGUUUUCACUGUGAUCAUCACCAGCAAACCUUUGUUUUUAUUGGGGAGGGGACUUAAGUUUGAGCUCUCAUUAGCAUUAAGUGAAUGUGCAAAUGUUUGCUCUGGCUUUCAUUCCUAGCUGUAUUCACUCUUCAAAGAUUACAGUCUCAAUACUAUUUAAACCAGCAAAUACAUAGUACAGUACACUACACCACACCAGAACAAAAUUCAGUUGUGGGAACCUAGUUCCAGUUUGAAGGACUGAGGAAAAGCAAAAUGCCUUGUGAUUAAAUUGGCAGGUGUGGGGAAGGAACAGAUGUGGAAGCCAGGCCUUUGGAGAUAAAUCUUUAACAAAUGAUUUAAAAAUGUGAUUUGCUCAAUACAUUGACAGUCUCUAGCUAAUGCGUAUAAAUUCAUCUUUUAAAUAUUCCAUUAAUCUUAUUUGCUUCUGCGUCGCUGACUUUAAACAGGUAUCCAAGUGAGUAAGGCCAUUUUCUCUAAAAAGGCAAAAUUUGAAAUAUGCAAAAUCCUCAGUGAUUGUAUCUUUUUUUU